CCGGGUGGGGGACCCAGCCGCAAGCAGAUGGCGGCGCCAGGCGCGGGGCCCGGGCCGGGGGCGCCACCAGGGCUGGAAGCGGCCCUACAGAAGCUGGCGCUGCGGCGGAAGAAGGUGCUGAGCGCCGAGGAGACGGAGCUGUUCGAGCUGGCUCAGGCUGCGGGCGGCGCCAUGGACCCCGAAGUGUUCAAGAUCCUGGUGGACCUGCUAAAGCUGAACGUGGCGCCCCUCGCCGUAUUCCAGAUGCUGAAGUCCAUGUGCGCUGGGCAGCGGCUGGCGAGCGAGCCCCAAGACCCCGUGGCCGUGCCCCUGCCCACGACCAGCGUGCCUGAGACCCGAGAGGCCUCCUUUCUCUCUGCCAAGAACUGUACCCCCCCUGCAAGGCCCUCCUUUUCCUCGGCCCGGCAGACUGCGGCCUCUCCGAUUCUGCUCCACGGCCCAGCUGCCUCGCACUCGCCUCUCUCUCCAGGGCCCCCCGGUUCCCUCCGGUUCUCUUGCUGCCUGUUCUCUCCUUUUGAAGGCUACAUGACAAGAACCAGCAAGGACACGCGCCCUGGUCAGAACUGGGCCUGAGUGGGGAGGGUCUGUGGCCCAGGCACAUUUGUCCCCCUGGAUCCUCUCCAUCUCACCGAUACCAUCACCCAGGCACGGCUGCAGAUCUUCCCAGCUGUCUACACCAGACAGACUGAGGAGGGCAAGUUUCCGAUGCAGGAGCAGCCCUGCUCCACCUGCAUGUGACUGCCACGUGCUUCAGGGAGUGUCCCCCGCAGCUGAACCUCCACAGAAGCCUGAUCACGGGACCGGGUGAAACACUGAAUACCUGCAGGGUACUGAGGGGAGAGGGAGGAAAAUGGAUGAGGAAGGGCAUGCCAGAUCCAAAUCCAAAAGCUUGACUAACCUGCUUCUGGUGUCAUCAAUCUGAAGGGGUCAGAUGGGGACAACCAGGAGGAGGAAGGGCCUGGGAGGGCAGUUGGGGUUGAGACCCAGGGCUUCCUGCAGUCCGGCUGCCAGCCCAGGCUGCCCUCGGGCCUCUUGCCCUCUACCAGGCCAUGUUCAGCUCUAGCCUCUGGGCUAGGAAUAUAACAGAUGUGGAGUUCCCGUUGUGGCUCAGUGGGUUACGAACCUGACUAGUAUCCAUGAGGAUGUGGGUUUGAUCCCUGGCCUUACUCAGUGGGUUAAGGAUCCAGCAUUGCCAUGAGCUGUGGUGUAGGUCACAGACACUGCUCAGAUCCUGCAUUGCUGUGGCACCUCCAAUUCGACCCCUAGCCUGGGAACUUCCAUAUGCCACAGGUGCACCCCUAAAAAGAGGGGGGAAAAAAAGACACACUAGACAUGACCGCUGCUCCUGUGCCCCAGACAUUACAUGCUGUGAGGCUGGCCUCUGCCCCU